CUUGUGAAAAUAGAGGUUAUGUGCGCUCUAACUACUUAUCAUGUCGGUUUACUGUAACUGUUGAUUAUUCAGAUGAAUUGGUUCGGCGUAAUUAAAUAAGUAAGAAAAUACUGGAUUAUAAUUCUUAAAUGUUUAAAGGGCUAAAAGGCCAUCAGAAUGGACCCCGUUCAGGAUGUAGUACCCACGACGGACGUAACAGAACUAACGAACCCAGAAGAAUCUAAAACUGUGGAACCUGAACAGCAAGUACUACAAGAAAUGAUAAAUUGUGAUAUAAAUUCAUUGGCUCCACUCACUACAACAAUUGAAACUGAUGUUGAUAAGGAUUCUGUUCCUACCACAUCAGAACCAAAGUCACCACAAGCAAUUCAAACAUUUACAUGUGAAGGUGAUUCAGAUAAAUUAAUUGAGGAUGUUGUUAUUAAAGAAUUGAGCAUUGAUAAUGAAGAAAAGAAUAAUGAAAGUGAUCAGAAAGAAACAAGUAAAAGUAAUUUGGAUGAUGAAGAAAAAAUUGCAGAAUUAAUAGAUAAUGUAGCUGAGAAAUUGGAUGAUGUAAAUUAUAAAAUUGUGGAUAUACCUGAGACAUUCUAUACUGAAACUGAGAAUGUUCAAUUUGAAGGUGAUACUGAUCCUAUUGUAGAUAUACCUAAAGCAAUGGAUGUUCAGGAGCAAGACAGUGACAAAAACGAUGAAAAAGUCAAAGGUGGCGGUUUUGAUUCAGUGCUGCUGGAUGAAAAUAGCAGAGAUGAAAAUGAAAGCAAUCCUAAUCCAAUUGAAGAAGUUGAUCCAACAAGCAAAGAUGACAGUAAUGAUGGGCCUCCUGAUCUUGCCGCUGCAGACCCUCUCAUGAAGGAUGCUGAAAAUCAAAUUGAGGGUGAUGAUGAUUCAGAAACUGCUGAAAACGUUGAGGACAAGGUAGAUAUUGAUACGGAUCCCGACCGGAUAACACUCAGUGUGAAACCUCCUGGAGAGUUAUUGGAAGGCAACUUUGUAGAUGUCGCCGAGGAGAAUAGUUUACCCGAGGAUUCGCAGAUGGACUUUGAUCCAAUUGAAACUGACGGUGAAGAGGAUUCAGAGCAAAUUGAGUCAACCGAGGCACAGCCGGCAGAAACCGCGGAUAUAUUCAACGGAAAAGAGGCAGAAACAAUCUUGGCCGAAGAUGAUGAAGUGCCGGUUUCAACGGAAACCGAAGAACAACCGGAACCCGAAGGUGAAGCCUCGGAAGACGAAAAUAAAUUUGUUAUAACUCUUGCGAAUCGCACCGAGUCGAGCACAUGUAAUAUUUGUGCCAAAGAGGAAGUUCCUCAGUAUUUAGCACACAAAAAUGAUGAAUGCGAAUGCAUCUGCAGCACUGCGUGCUUGGACAAGUUCAAAGAGCAACACGCCGAUGAUUAUGUGGAGCGAAUAUUGCGAUUACGCGUGUUCGCUGCGGAGGAAACAAUCUCACGCGAGCAAUUGCAGCUCCUGCCUGCUGUUGAGCCCGAAGAGAUUAAUGAAAAUCAUGAUCCGUUCCGUAUAUGUGUAAUAUGCAACCGAUGUAUUGAUGUGGAAGAUUACGUUACGUGGGAGGCGCGGGAUUACUGCGACGAGGGCUGCUUGUCCGCUUCACAACGAAGCAUUAAUGCCGACUGCGCAAAGUGCCAUCACUUAGUGCCGGAAAAUUUACUAGGUAAAUAUUGUGUGCGCUUUGGUUCGACGGUGACGCAAUUCUGCAAGACCACGUGUCUUAUUUCCUAUAAAAAGGCACGUAAAUUGUGCCAGUAUUGUCAGGAGGAUUUAAAAGCCAAUGACGCGGCGACCUUCUGCUCGAAACGGUGUAAGGAGGCGGCGAAUCCCAACGAGUGUGAACCGAAGGAGUCAGGGCCAUGUUCGGUGUGCAGGCAGGUGAAAGAGGUUGAAUUAAAUGUCCGCGGUGAUGAGAAGAUGGAUUCGCUUUGUUCCGAAAGGUGCCUCGUGGCAUACAAGUUUGUCAACAAGGUGGAGCUGGUGAAAUGUGUUGUAUGCCCAACGACUUUCUCGCCAAAACCAGGCGAUGCGUCCGUAUACGAACUGGGCACGGUGCACAGCCUCUGUUCACGCGAGUGUCAGAAGAUAUUCCUGAUCAUUAACAGAAAAAUCGUGAAUUGCAGCAUGUGUCUUGUAAAAAAAUACGAUUUUGAUAUGAUUAGGUUCAUCGACGGCGAGACUUCCACAUGUGUGUGUUCACUGACUUGCUUGGGUGUCUACUUCGAAUGCAUGUAUUCCCAGCAGUCGAAACUGUUUGAACCGAACAUCCCGCACCUGGAGCUGAUCUCGAAAAGUCAAAACUAUACCUAUGAAGGUCGAGAUUUGGCGUCACUCAUAGAUGCGGCGUAUAAUGUUGGUAAAGUGGCCGUGCAGAUGAUUGUGGUAACCAAACCACGGUAUGUACCCAAACAGAAGAACAAAGCGGUGAUGUGUCGUCCGCGUAUGCUGACGAAAUCAAUCCAGCAUAAAGUUAAAGAAAGGACUGUGCAUGUUCAAACUGAUGAUACCACGACCCGUUGGAUUCCCAUUCCGGUACAGAUUUUCGUUCCAGUGCCACUUCACAUGUAUGUUCAACCCGUGCCCUUCCCAACCCCGAUCCCUAUUCCAAUGAUAAUUCCUAUUUUCAUUUUGACAGGUCGCAAGUCCAUGAAGGGAAUUCAGAAAGAAAUAGCUAAAAUAAAGAAUCGUAUUCCCGCUGACCCACUCGAAGCGGAGAUUUUAAUGAUGGCAGAUAUGGCAGCCGGCGACAAGCGCAACGACCCCACAUCCGACUCCGAUGAUGAUGUAGGUGUGGUGCCGGAUACCACAAAAUUAUUGGAUUCGUCAAUAACGCAGAUGGACACCGCAUCGACAUCGUUUUCCGACGAUGUGCUGUCCAUGGCGUUCAAAAUGGCAAACGAGUACACUGAACCGUUGGACCUCGAAUCCGAAGUGGACAACUCGACGAGAAUGCUGGCGUCAGGCAAAAGAGCCCGCAUUUACGCGCCACGUGGUCGGCAAUCCUCGCAACGCAUGAUGGACAUAGUCAAACCGGAUGAAAAUCUCUCCCUGAAGUAUACGUUUGGCGUGAAUGCCUGGAAACAAUGGGCCUCGACCAAGAAUCUCGAACUACAGAAGCUGAAAGCAACCAAAUUUGUUAAACUGGACUUGCUACAGUUAAGCGCGGAAGAUCUCUGCUUUUGUUUAUGUCAAUUCAUUAAGGAAGUUCGCAAGCCCAACGGCGCCGUUUAUGCAUCCGACACCAUCUAUUACCUCUGCUUGGGUAUUCAACUUUACCUUUAUGAGAACGGCCGGAUUGAUAAUCUUUUCUGUGACGGUUACUACGAAAAAUUCACGGACACAUUUAACGAGAUCUGUUUGUCUUUCUGCCAGCUCUACAAUGAAAGCCAAUACAUUGUGACCCGCGUAGAAGAGGAGCAUCUUUGGGAGAGCAAACAACUUGGUGCACACUCCCCGCUCGUGCUUUUAAACACACUCUUGUUUUUCAAUACUAAACACUUCAACCUUAUUACGGUCGAUGAUCACCUGCAGUUGAGUUUUUCACACAUUAUGAAGCAUUGGAAAAGAAAUGCGAACGCCCCCAACCAGAGGAAUGUUCUGUUGCGGUUUUAUCCACCAAGUAAAGGUGCAUGGGGCAAGAGGAAAGUUUAUGAACAGCAGGAAUGUCUAGAAAAUCCGCUCAGGUGCCCCGUGCGCCUGUACGAGUUCUUCCUGUCCAAAUGCCCGGAGAGCGUGAAAGCCAGAAAUGACGUGUUUUAUCUUCAGCCUGAACGGAGCUGUGUCCCAGACAGUCCUGUUUGGUAUUCCACCAGUGCUCUAGAAAGACCACAGCUGGAGAAAAUGCUUAAUAGAAUGAAGAUGAUUAAGGAAAUCAGUAUGGCCAUCUUGGGGACGUAAAUGACACAAUCAAGGUUUUAUCUAUCUAUUUUAUGACGCGAUCCUCUAUUGAGAGGAUAUUAAUUAAAUUCACGUAGAAUUGUGAUAGCUGUAAGGGAAACAUUCAUUAUUGAUUCAUUAAUUAAUUCUUUAUAUAUUCAAUCUAAUUCAAUUAUGAUAAUAGAAUAAGUGUAAGUAAUCAUUAAUUCCGACGUCAGAUUCAAUUAAAAAUGUUUUUUUUUUCUUCUGUAGAAUAGUGUUAAAUGUAAGCGAGAACAAUAAUUUUGAUUCACUGUUUGAUUUAACAUAUGAUGGAUGAUGGGCUUGUUUUAACACGAUAAUAAAAACAGGAGUAAUUUUAUAAUUUUAUUGAAUAUAUAAAAUUGAUAGCAA